CCAGAACCUUCAGUGGGGAAGCAACAGCCGCAGUUUGCGCACCUCGCUCCGCUCUGAGCUCGCUGCUGGGGUCGCUGCUGGGGUCCCUGCUGCCUGCGCUGAUCCCGCCUGGAGGAGCCCACCGUGGGAAAGAAGAGAAAAAUGAAGACAGGACAUUUUGAAAUGGUCACCAUGCUGCUGUCAGCUAUGAUUCUAAUGGAUGUCUUCCAGGUGAAGGCUAAUAUGUUAGACAUGGCAGAUAAUGCAUUUGAUGAUGAAUACCAGAAAUGUACUGACAGGAUGGAAAUCAAAUUUGUUCCCCAACUGCUCAAGGAAGAAAAAGCAAGCCAUCAGCUUUUGGAAGAUGUGUGGGAAAAUGCGAAAGCCAAAUGGGAAGCUCGGAAGACUCAGCUCUUUCUCCCUGUGAGUUUUAAGGAUAACCAUGGAAUAGCCCUGAUGGCAUAUAUUUCUGAAGCUCAAGAGCAAACUUCCCCCUUUUACCGUCUGUUCAAUGCAGCUGUGAAGAUGGCUGGCCAAUCUCGAAAAGAUUAUAUCUUUGGCUUCCAGUUCAAAGCUUUUCAUUUUUACCUGACAAAAGCCCUGCAGUUGCUGAGAAGACCUUGUGAGGAUAGUUACAAAAAUGUGGUGUAUAGCUCCAGCCAGGGCACUUCAUUUACCUUUGGAGGGCCAAACCAAGCCAGAUUUGGCCAAUUCACCUUGGCAUAUUCAGCCAAACCUCAAGCUGCAAGUGACCAACACAUUCUGUUAACUAUUCACACAUGCUUUGGAGUUGCUGUUGAAAAAUUUUUUGAUAAAGAAAGUGAAAGUGAAAGAAUUAUUUUAAUACCUAUGAAUGAGGUUUUUCAUGUGUCCCAGGAUGGGGCUGGCAAUAACCUUAUCCUUCAAAGCACAAACAAGACCUGCAGCCAUUACGAGUGUGCGUUUCUAGGAGGACUAAAAACUGCAAAUUGUAUUGAGAACAUGGAUUAUUUUCAACCCAUCUAUAUCUCCAGCCCUGGUGAUAAAAACCAGAAGCUUGAAGACCCUGGAAUGAAAAGCCAGGAGUCCACUGUCUUACCUGGUAUGAAGAGCCAUGAGCCCAUCCAAAUACCUGGAAUGAAAAUUCCAGAACCUUUUCCAUUACCUGGAAUAAAAGUGGCACAACCGGAUGAAAAACCUGCUCCAGCUCCAGCUCCAGGUCCAGGUCCAGUUCCCAAAACCCAUCCCUCUGCAUCCUCUGGCAAAAUGCUCCUUCCAUUGUUUGGGACAUUCAUCAUUCUGAUCAGUGCUUCUGCUGUAUCUCUUCAUUACUUUGUAGUCUGAUACAGUCUUUAUUAUUUGAAAUACAACACAGGGAUCCCACAGGAAAUGAAUGUUAUAUUCUUCACUUGUUGGCCAAAGUCAGUUGAUAAAAUGACAACGGCUUAUGUUAUUCCCUUUGAAAAUUCAGAGUUUGUCCAGUUAUGUCGUAGAAUCAUUUUCAUUUAUUUGUAUAUUAAUCUCAUGAUUGUAAAAAACCUAUAUUUCUGAUUGAAUUCAA